CAUUUUAAGUAAUUUGUACGUAUUUACUGGAGACCCCAACUAGGCCCACUCAAAUUGAGAGUUGAAAUCAUCGCCGUCGAGUCUUCUCGCACGCAGCGGAUCUCCUCCCAUUUCUCCUUCUCCCCUUCUUCCUGAGGUCCUCCCAGAUUCGGCUUAACCUCGACCGCUUGUUCGUUCCGCUUUCCAUUUCUUUUAUCGUCCGUCUUCGCCCCCUCCCCCUUCCGUUACCAGUACUCUUUCUAGUUUAUCCCCGGAUUCCUGUGAGAUCAUAUGUUGUCGGCAUCGCAUCCUAAAGCGAUGGACUACUCAGAUUUAAGGCACAAGCCUCGCAUCUUCGAGAGAAUUGCUAUUGCUGGCUUUCUAAUAGUCUUGUGCACACUGAUUACCAAACAGUCCCUCGGCUCCAAUGGCACUAAUGUGUUCUCUCGUCAUGAACUUGGUGUGACUCAUGUAUUAAUAACGGGAGGUGCUGGCUACAUUGGCUCACAUGCUGCACUCCGACUCUUGAAGGACUCGUACCGAGUAACAAUAGUGGAUAACCUUUCAAGGGGAAAUAUUGGAGCCAUUAAAGUCCUCCAGUCACUUUUUCCUCAGCCUGGGAGGCUUCAAUUUAUUUUUGCAGAUCUAGGCGAUGCAAAAACUGUCGACAAGAUAUUUUCAGAAAAUGCAUUUGAUGCUGUUAUGCACUUUGCAGCAGUUGCAUAUGUGGGAGAGAGUACACUAGAGCCUCUUAGAUACUAUCAUAACAUAACAGCAAACACUUUGGUAGUCCUUGAGGCCAUGGUGAGGCAUGGGGUUAAAACUCUGAUCUACUCAAGUACAUGUGCUACCUAUGGAGAACCAGAAAAAAUGCCUAUUACAGAAGAAACUCCUCAGUUUCCCAUCAACCCAUAUGGGAAAGCCAAGAAAAUGGCAGAGGACAUCAUUUUGGAUUUCUCAAAGAACUCAAAUAUGGCUGUUAUGAUUCUAAGAUAUUUUAAUGUAAUUGGGUCAGACCCUGAAGGACGAUUAGGCGAAGCUCCAAGACCCGAACUACGGGAGCAUGGACGGAUUUCUGGUGCAUGCUUUGAUGCAGCAUUAAGUAUCAUACCAGGUCUGAAGGUUAAGGGAACAGACUACCCAACAAGAGAUGGAACUUGCAUAAGAGAUUACAUCGAUGUCACUGAUCUCGUGGAUGCCCAUGUCAAAGCCCUCGAGAAAGCGAGGCCUAAAAGAGUUGGAAUAUACAAUGUUGGGACUGGAAAAGGUAGAUCGGUGAAAGAGUUUGUAGACGCGUGCAAAAAAGCUACAGGGGCAGACAUCAAAGUCGAGUAUCUCAGUCGCAGACCGGGGGACUAUGCUGAAGUUUAUAGUGACCCAUCGAAGAUCAACCGCGAACUGAAUUGGACAGCACAACACACCAAUCUGCUGGAGAGCCUUUCCAUUGCUUGGAGAUGGCAGAAAUCACAUCGUAACGGAUACAGUUCACCUUGAGAAAUUUUGUUUGGUUCAAAUCUUUUAAGUCAUCCAGAGAUAUGAGAAUGGGAAUUCCAUGACCAUUGUUGCUUUAUCAGGUAGAUUAGAGUUCAGAAAACACAUUUUCUGACAUGAGUGAUGAAGAUCUUGACUGUGAGACCAUCCAUUGUUUUAUUCUGUACUUUUGUAGGAAUGGUGAAGCAGGUUCGACUCAAAUGUAUGUUUUAGUCUUGUGAAGUGAAAUGUUGCACUUUGUGUUUAUUCAAUGUAUUAUAUAUAUUGUACAAUAUACUACAGAAAAUUGAGCCUCUUAUCAA